UAGGACUUUCCUCCACAAGAUGGAGUGCGACGAUGCGGCCGUAGAGCGCCAGAAGCUGGUGUCGAACGAUGAAGAGGACGACCAGAAUACGAUUACGAACCUGUCUUCCAGCGGGCAGGCCAAAUCCGUACAAACGCCCAUCUCACCCGUACUCAGUAACAAACUAUUUUCCAGCGGCGAAACGAGCCGCAGCCAAAACUCGACCAACUAUUCGCUGGGCAAAGGAAUGCCAAACGAAGCUCCACUGACCACCAGACUCAACUACGUGAACGAACGUAAACCGCAGGACGCCAAGCCAAAGCCCAAGAAAGUGCAACGAGAGCACGCCGUCACUAGCGAUACCGUCGCUCCCCCCAGCACCAGUAGUAAUCUCCCCGAAGAACCACCGUCAACGGCCGUCCCCAGCAGUAGCGCUUCCCACAUCCACCACCAACACCAUCAUCCCCCCCAUAGUCAGCCAGAACCCCAAUACCAGCGGCCGAAGCCGCCUGACUCGCUGCCCUCGGCCAGCAGCGGAGGCGGUGCUGGUGGCGGAAGGCCACGCAACAACCCUAGUGCCAAUCCUGUGUCUACCUCCAGCAUGAGUAGCAGCUCGAUAGCGGGGCCGAACACUAAAGCGCACACUUUUUCCACCCGUCCACUAAAGCACCAUUCUUUCAUAUCAGAGGUACCCGAUGUGCGGCACAUGGAACGGGCCCUUCUGGGACUGCUGGAAGAUUUUCACUCCGGAAAGCUGAAAGCAUUCGGAUCCGGCUGUACGAUGGAGCAGAUGACGAGUAUCCGCGAGCAGCAGGAAAGUUUAGCCAAACUGCACUUUGACCUGGGCACGGAAGCAUUUACCGGCGGCACGACUGGUGGCAACACCAAAUCAGACAACGAGCUGCAGGCGCAAAGCAAUAUGAAGAAGUUGGUCCAAAAGCUGGAGCAACUGUCGUUCUCGAUCGAGAAGCUACACCACUCGAGCAACGUGGAAAAGUAGGCGAGAGAACGUUUAGAACGUAGGAACCUAGUUUUAAUUCAUAUCGAAUCUUGGCAACACGACUAGUAGGCCAUGGCGACGGAAGCGGAAUAGUUGCGCGCGCUGUUCUUUCGUUCAAUUUUACUUCGGAUUCUAUGUUUUUAAUAUGUAUAUUUUUGAAUAAAACACAAAUUCAAUCCACAGUGGAGCGGCAUUUGUGUUGCUCGUUGCUUAAAGUUGUAUGAUUUCAAUCAAACUGCAAGUUGCGACGUAUGCUUAAGCCUUCUUCUUGGCGAAUCCCAUCUCGUACACCAUCUUCGCGAUACCGAGCAGACCGAUGCCGCACAGUGCCACCGUUACCCCGAACAGGGCCUUGUCCGCCGGUCCUCCCUUCAGAAAGACCGGUAUCUCGUUCUUUGCCUGGAACGUCAGCAUCUUCUUACGUAACGAUUCCGGCAGCUUGUCUGAGAUCAUUACCGGCGGUUCGGGAUGGUGGCCCAUGGUGCUGAUG